GAACCCAAAAAACCACAAAAUGACAACCCUCUACUCGCCGACCACCGACGCCGACCUAUCAACACCGCUAAUUUCUCCAGCCCAUAAAAAUUCCGACGAUAUCGAGAGGUUAUGUAUCGACGAUAUGCUUCGCAAGUACUGCGGCGAGUUCGGUCGGUGGCAGUUCCGUCACUUUAUACUAACAAGUCUGGCUUGGGCCCUUGAAGCGUUUCAUACUAUGGUCAUGAUUUUCGCCGAUCGUGAACCGGAGUGGAGGUGCACGGCGGCAGCCGGUGGUUGCGCCGCCGGUUUAUGUGGCCUGAAAACUGGGAGUUGGGAAUGGAUAGAAGGAAUGGGAAGCUCGACGGUGGAAGAAUGGGGAUUGAUUUGCGGAGAAAAGUAUAAAGUGGGGAUUGUACAAUCUAUCUUCUUCGUUGGCUCUAUGAUUGGUGCUGGAAUUUUUGGCCACUUAUCAGAUUCAUUCAUGGGAAGAAAAGGCUCACUUACAAUCGUUUGCAUUCUCAACGCCUUGUUUGGUUGCCUAACCGCAUUAGCCCCCGAUUACUUCACCUACGUCCUCCUCCGCUUCCUCACCGGUUUCAGCACCGGCGGUGUCGGCCUUUGCGCUUUCGUUCUCGCAACCGAACCGGUAGGACCCUCCAAGCGAGGCAAGGCCGGAAUGUCCACCUUCUACUUCUUCUCCUCCGGAAUCGCCAUCCUCUCUGGCUUAGCCUAUCUUUUCCCCACAUGGCGAAUUCUAUACUUUGUCACCUCCAUCCCUUCCCUUCUCUUCCUCGUCCUCGUCCUUCCUUUCGUAUCCGAAUCCCCUCGUUGGUAUCUCAUCCGCGGAAAGCACGAUCAUGCGAUGAACAUCAUGCGAAACAUCGCAAAGUCUAAUGGAAAACACCUCCCGGAAGGCGUCGUUUUAGCUGUCGACGAAGACAAGAGAAACCGCGGCAACGAAACCAAAGAUGGAGCCUUGACCGGAUCACUAAUGGAUGUUAUACGCACGCCUAUGACGCGCCUCAGAUUGUUUCUCUCCGUUGCUAUUAAUCUCCUUUGCUCCGUAGUUUACUACGGUUUGAGCCUAAACGUGGUAAACCUCGGGACCAACCUUUACACAAGUGUAUUCCUUAAUGCGGUCGCAGAAAUGCCCGCAUUUCUGCUGACGGCUUUGCUUUUAGAUAGAUUUGGACGGAAGCCAUUGGCGAUAGGGACGCAAUGGUUUAGCGGUUUGUUUUGUUUGCUAGGAAGUUUGGUUGUGGGAUUGUAUGGGGAAUUGAAGUGGGCGAGACUGGCGUGUGGGAUAAUGGGAAUAUUUGGGAUGGCGGGAACUUAUAAUUUGCUUUUCAUAUAUACGGUGGAGCUAUUUCCCACAGUGGUGAGGAACGCAGCACUCGGGUGCGCUACUCAGGCGGCUCAGAUGGGGGCGAUAUUGACGCCGUAUGUGGUGGUGAUGGGCGGGUGGCUUCCGUUUGCGGUGUUUGCGGGUUGUGGUUUAGUUAGCGGAAUGUUGGCGUUUUGGUUGCCGGAGACUAUGGACCGGCCUUUAUAUGAUACCAUGGAGGGAUUGAAAGAAGGGGAAAAGGUUCAGAAUAUUGUUGUAAUAGUAUAAGUUGUUUGAGUCUUGUUUUUACUAAAAACUUUGUUAUACUAUUUAAAUUUCUCAACAAUAACUCUUGUUUGUUAUAGGUUUUAGAGAAGUGAGUUUUGAAAUUGAGAAAUAUUUGUUAAAAUGAGAUUUUAAAAUGAAAUAUUUUGAACAAGUAAUAUUAUUUGA